CUUUGUUUACUUCAGUGUGUGUUGAGGUGGUGUCGAGGGAAGAGUUACACUACACACGAAUUGUUGCGAUAUGUGAGUGCUUGGUGUGAUUUACAGUAGAGCUCCGUGUUGGCUGCGAUGGUGCUGUGCCGGUAAGGGAUGAGGCAAAGGGCUUCGCCAUGAGUGUGUUUACCGAAUUCCACAAGGCGUGGCGUGCCAGGUUCCCCGGGAAUGAUCUGCCGGCGGCGUGGGAGGAGGACGUUCGCGCCAACCUGGCGAAGCACCGCUCGCGGGUUGCCGUGCUGAAGGAGGAGCUUGAGAAAGAGCAAUUUUACGUGGAAUACCUUGAGUGCCUCUUAAACGAUGUCCAGCGUCAGCAGCGGGGAAGCGGUGAGGCUGAGGAUCUGGAGCGAGGAGAGGCCCAAGGAGAGGAGCGGGGCCAGGGUGAAGGCAGCGAGGGGACACCAGCCCGGGUGUCUACCUCAGGGGUUGACUCCCCCGUGACGGAGGCCAUCAACACCAUGAUGGUGCAGCGGCAGCAGCCUCAACGGGAGCCUGCACCCCUCCCUACCUCUCCUGAGGGAGCUACCACAGAGCGAGAAGGACAAGCCGGGUCUAAGGACGAUGGCACGAGAGUGGCACCUUUGUCAGAUGAAGAGGAGACUCCACUGGCGCCCAUCACGCCCCUAGCCGCUCCGCCACCUGCUGGGGGCAGCUCGGUGCGAGACCUCGCCCGUCGCUUCACUGCCUCUGGCGGCUCAAGGCCUGCCGCCGCGGGACGCCCACCAGCUUACAAUCGCUCCACAUCAGUGCCCGGGGGAGCGCCCAAUAAGGAGUCGCAGUUCGUCACUGUCAUCACUGUAAACGGCGCUGGCCAGGGCGAGGACGCGCGUGGCCGCAAAGUGCCGCCUGCCCCGCCCCCUAAGACCUUCCGCAGGUCCACGGGAAAUGAGGGAGAAUCCGAAGCCAAAGCUCCUGCAACUCCCUCCUCCCCUGUGGCGACGCGACCCCCUCAGGCCAUCCCACGUUCCCCCCAGAGGCCACGCCACCCGUCCCCUGUCAGGGACUCCUCCGUAACCCCUCCUGCGAAAGCACCUCUGCAGAAGACUCUGUCUGCAUCUAGCGAUGGACGUCCCGCCACACGAGAGGCUCAGAGAGGUUCACAAGGGGGUCACGAACUCCAGAAGUCACCCUCUAAUCCAAAGGAACUACAGAAGUCCCCCUCAAGCGCUUCCUCGUCGACAGGAAGCUUGGGCAAAAAGAGCGUGUCCAAGUCGUCCUCGAGUGCAUCAUCAUGUGGGGGCAGCGGAGGCGCAUCGUCCCGCCGCGUGGGGCUAAGAAAGACCUCCUCACUGUCGUCCUCGAGGUGUGGUGAAGACGAGGACGAGGUGGGCGGUGGGUCAGCUUCAGGUGCUUCUCUGGAGAAUCUGACAGAUGACGAGCCGCUGUAUGACACAGUGGCGCCCGAUGAGGACGAUGACACGGGCGAAUACGUGCUGCUCUCUGACAAGAGUUCCGAGUACAAUGGUACCGACACUCUCAAGUCAGCGGCAUCAGGGGCCUCAAGUGAGGGCGGCCUCAGCAAGUCUGGCGGCGGGGCUUCUUCUGGGGCCACACCCUCGGGAGGUUCCCCUGCACCUGAUCAUCCCCCGGACUCCCCUAAAUAUUCCAACUACGUGAACAUCGACUUUUUCUUGAAGAAGAAGAAGGCUCGCGGCCGCCACAUACCCCGAUGCGAGAGCGUGGAGUCUGACGAAGAGGAAGGAGGCGCCCCAUCGCUGCUUCGCUCUCUCUCCUCAGACCACGAGGAUGAGCCCGAGACCCGCGAGGAGCCACUGGACAUUGACUCAGGUACUUGGCGUGACAGUUGUGAAGGCUUACCUGUUGUACCCCGUGACUCAGGUACGCCUCAUGUGUUGCAGCAGCGCCAUCCGCCAGACAGACCAGGCGUGUAUGGCAGCAGCGUGGAGUCCACUAGCCACAUGCCCUCCGCCCCGCCCACGCCGCCCGCCGCCGCCAGAUGGCCGUCGUCGGGGGAGGAGACCAUUCCCCCUGAGACGCCCGACCCCGCGGCGGAGGCGGAGCGGCUCACCAUGUACCGCUGCAUCAUCUCAUCCAUCGUGGAAUCAGAGACCAUCUAUCUGGAGUGUCUGGAUGUGGUGCUGCAGUAUAUGAAGGCACUGAAGGCCACCCUCACCACCUCACAGCCCAUGAUAUCUCCAGAUGACUUCUCCACUGUGUUCUACCGCAUCACUGAGCUUCAUGCUGCCCACAGUGACUUCCUGAAUGGCCUCAAGGAUCGCACCAAUCAGUGGGACGGCAGCAGCUCCAUCGGGGAGUUGUUCAGAGUCCUGGCGAGCAAGCUGGAUGUGUACGCCUCCUUCCUGCAGAAUUACCCCCGUGCUGUGGAGACAGUGAGGCGGUGUAGUGCUCAGAGCUCACAGUUUGCUGACAUCACCCGCUCCAUCAAACUCCGCUCCCUCCAGGGCCAAGCACAGUCACUGGAGGACUUGCUUCACCGCCCUGUUGCCAGAGUGCAGAAAAAUGCUCUAGUCCUCCAUGACUUGCUCAAAUACACCCCCGAGUAUCAUCCUGACCAUGAAAUCCUGCGCGAGGCCCUGAGGCUCACACAGAACUUCCUGACACACCUCUCCAUGCUGCACACCGAGGCCAUGUUCCCCGUGAGUCGUGUUCCUGAGAAGUGCCGUGGAAAGGAGGAUGCUGCUCAGGAUCGGCCUCAGCGACACCUCGUUCGCAACUCCUUCAUUGUGGAGUUGGUUGAAGGCCAUCGCAAGCUGCGGCACCUCUUCCUCUUCAAUGAUGUUAUAGUCUGCGCAAAGUACAAACCGACUGGUCGGUCUGAGAAGUUUACCUUUGAAGUCAAGUGGUAUAUCAGCCUCCAUGACAUUGUGGUGAUGAUCGACGGUGGCCCUGAGACUUUGAAGGAAGCUAAUCCUCCCAAUCUGGUGUCCCUCAAAUCACAAGCGUCCACCGUGCGGGACCAACUCAAGCGGCACGAGGCAUCUUCAGACAAAGGGGGUGGUCGGCUCAACCUGGUGAGGAACGAGAAGCAACGGAAAAAAUUAGCUGAGUUAGAGGCUCAGUUGGUGCUGGCAUCCCCAAACCUGCCCUUCAGGAUAUCCAAAAGAGCUGGGUCGGUGCACACAUUUCUCAUCUCAUCGGAGUAUGAGCGGGACCAAUGGGGCGAGGCAAUCCAGGUGUUGCAGGCCAACACUCCAGGAGUUGGAGGCAGCUCCCUCACUCUCCAGGAACUGCAGACGUGGAUCACUGCCUGCCGCUCCUUCCUCAAGACCAACAUGGGCUCAUUCUUGCUCAAGUCCGGUGUGGAUGACUCCCUGCUUCUCGGUGAUCUGCACAUUGUGGUGUCUAGCCUUCAUGGCCUCACUAGUCCUGCAAACAUGUAUGUGUGCUUUGAAGUGGAUUCUUAUGGCCACUUCUUCCGGAAAGUGAAGACUAAGGUAACAGAAGGAAUAGAACCUCACUGGAACCAGGACUUCAUUAUUGAGCUAGAAGGAUCUCAGACACUGAGGAUACUGUGCUAUGAAGACCAUCCCAAGCUCGGUACUCAGCUGCGAGGAAAGACACAUUUAGAGCUGUCUCGGACUUGGCUGAAUGACACAUUGACAGAACGCCGUGUCAGCCUCCAAGACUUAGUGUUAGUACUGUCACUCAAGUUCUUGCCUCCAGAAGCAACUCUGAGGAGAGUUCCUACUGGCAAAUCCUCUGGUCUUUUUGGUGCCAACAUUGCUGUAAUCUGCAGACGAGAGAAGAGAAGUGUUCCUUUCAUAGUGACCCGGUGUGUGAGAGAAGUAGAGAGGCGCGGCAUGCAGGAAGUGGGCAUCUACAGGGUGUCUGGCUUGGCAUCAGAUAUAACAAAACUCAAGAAGUCUUUUGAGUCAAAUCCAUAUGAAGCAGAACAGCUGAUCAAGGAAGUAGACAUCCAUUCUGUGACUGGUCUGCUGAAGCUUUUCCUGCGAGAGCUACCUGAGGCACUGUACACUAGUGAACUGUAUCCACGGUUCUUUGAGGCAUACAGUGCAACAGAUGCUGAGUAUAGAAAGACAACAUUGCUCAAGCUCUUCUCUUCCCUUCCACAACUCAACCAGUCCAUUAUAGCAUACCUUUUGGAACACUUAGUAAAAGUUGUUGAAAUGGAGCACUACAACAAGAUGUCCCUCCACAACUUAGCCACUGUGUUUGGCCCCACACUGCUGCGACCUGGUGCUAAGCCAGGGAACCCUUCACCAGCAGAGAAGUUGGCAGCAGGGACGGUGGAUGUGAUGGCCCAGGCAGGCAUCCUGCACUUCUUCCUCACCCGACGGGCCAACAGGGAGCCAAUCAUGGUUGUUACUCAAUGAAUGUAUCAAUUCAUAUCAUUCAGUUACAUGUUCUGUUCUGUAUAUAGUUUUGUAGUAAUUUUAAUGCAUAAACUUUUUUUCAUCACUUUAUCGCGUGCUAAAGAUGGAUUUCCUUUUCUUUCCUUUUUACUGAUACAGCACACAGUACAUUUAAAAAAGGCACAGAUUGAAUCUUAAAAUCAAUAUUUUAAUGAGUGGUAUAUAGGAAGUUUAUAUGUAUUUAGAUUCAAAAUAUGAUUGUUAUAGUAUAUAAUUAUGUAUUUGGGAUAAUAACACAUAGUAAAAAAUAUAUUAAAGUAAACUAAAAGUAACUUAUAUUCAUUAAGUGUAAAUGCUUCCAUUUUUCAUCUUCACAGCAAUAUUUCUCAAAAUUAUGCAGUACACCCAUGCUGAGUUUUGUCACUUUACAAGGCAUGUGAAAACAUGCAUGGAUCAUAUUUCAGCAUGUCAGUACUGGAGCAUAUGUUGUUGCCUCCUCUGUGGCUGAUUGGUGAAAAAUUAUAUAAUAAUGCAGGUAGUUAGUAGUUAUGUUAUGUCACAUUUAUUUUACAGUUCUCCUCAUACUGUAAUUGGAAUGAUUUUUUUUCAAAGUGCAUAAGAAUAAAAAGUAUUGUUUUGAAGUACUGGUAUGCUAAAAUAUAGAGACAAACUGUCAUCAUUACAUCUGUUGUGGGCAAGACCUAAGUGAUUUGAUAAGAAUUACACAUCUCCUAGAACUUGUGCAGUAAAUUAUUUUCAUGACAAAUUACCUGAAUUGUCUCAAAUUCAAAAGUUUAUCUCCAAAAUCAAAGUAGGAAUUACUGUACCUCUCAGUGUGUCUUGUAAAAGCCAUUAUUUGGAUGUAUUCCCAUAAAUCAUGAUUCAUUUUCCUGUGAUUGCCCUGAAAACCAAGUUUUAGAAUAUUACAAGGUCAUGUAUCUGAGUGACUCAAGUUGUCAUUCUUAAAAUGUUCAUAUUCCCUUGCUGUUCUAGCAGAGAAGGAGUGUUCUUCUUAGGUUUUCUGCCUACAUACGUAGGUGUGACUUAAUCUUCACUUGAUCUUCAUGAUCUGCAAUGCUAAGACAGUAGAAUUUCAUAGUCAUGUUCUACAUAAUCUUUGCAAAUGCAGGAAGCAUUGGUAUGUGUGUGUUUUCAUUCAUUUCACACAAUUCUCUGACUGCAAAAGUCUAGUGAGUCCCUAGCCAUUCCUGAGAUGCUGAUCUCAAGUGAUUCCUUGUUAUGGAUUUAAAGCUGCUGUAUUGCUCAGUUUUGUUUCAUAUUUCCUUUAGAUUUUGCACUGUAAAUUGUUAUAUUAGUUUCCAAAUGGAUUGUUGCCAUAAAUAUAUUUUCUUAAUUGUAUUCCAGUGAUUAUGGUAUUUAAUUUUAAGCCAUUACUACUGUGAUAAAUUUGUUGUGCAUGUUUUUUUUUUUUUUUUUUUUUUUUUUUUUUUAUUAUUAUUAUUAUUAUUAUUAUUAUUAUUAUUAUUUAGUUCAUUAAUUUUGUAAGGGAAGAUGUUUGUGUUUGUUUCUGUGGUUGCAUGUUUUAUCAAACUACAGGUGUUUUGAUCUAAAGAAUUCAUAGUGGAACAAUGCCGUCUCAGAUGAGGCGAGCUCUUGGUGAAUAUUGAACUAACUCGGUCUUGGUUAUGUUUCCCAAGAGUCCUGCAGCACACUACACUGGUGGGGAGGAUGCUUGUAGUAGUUGAGAGGAGUAUUGUGUUUAUUUGAACAAUUGCCAAAACAGAAAAAUAUUAGUUAGAAUCAUAUCAUAAUAGACUGACUCUGCCAACAGUGCUUCUAAAGUAACUAUGUGUUCAGAACCCUCUUAUGCCUUCAUGAUAGGGAAACAACACCCAAAAGCACCCACACUUUUGGAUAAAAACUGAGGCCUUGUACACCACAACAAGACGUGCACAUUGCAGUGCACAUUCUGCUCUGCCCAGGGGAUAUAUGCCUAAUAUUUUAUAUACGUAUCUCUGCUAUGUACAUUUGCAUCAUUCAGUCUGAUGAAACAAAAUUUCUUGCACCUUUUGAAGCUUCACUGUGUGUGGUUCACUUUUGGUGCAAGUAGUAAACACUGGUCAUGACUUUCCUGCUGUAAGCUUUAGGAUGGACAGUGUGCUGGAAAUUUUUGGGGAAAAUUGAAGUUGAGUAUAUAUUUGCCUUUUUGAAUAAUACUCUUUGCUCAUAGGGAUGAGAUGUGAGUAAGAAAUAUGAUAGAUAUGCUUGUGUAGGUGUAGAUAUUUGUAUAUAUGUUUGUACAUUGUGCUUAUUUUGUACAUUAAAGAUUCUGAUUGCACUUGUGUAAAUGUAUUGAUGGAGACACAUUAUAAAGGACAUGUUCUUAUUAUAGGAAUUUUUGAGAAAACUGCAGAGUCCUUAUAAGACAAGGUUCAGUUUCCUUUCAGCAAAUCUGCAGGACUGUAACUUUUGUCUAUAGUGUAACAUGAAAAUGCUAUCCCUUCUACUUGCUUUCAGUCAUUCAUACAGACGAGAGAGUUGCAAUUAGUAAUCACUAGUCUGCAUAUUAAGCCAAAUAAUGAGGGUGCCUGUAAUUGACACAAAAAUUAUGAUUGAAAAGAUGUUAAGAAUUAUUGGGUCCAGGAAAGAAACAUCACUGUAUUUUGGUGUAAACAUUGUCGUCAAGUCUGGUGGUGAUGUGCAUAAUUGUAAGAUGGAUUCAUAGAUACCUUUUCUUUUCCUUUUUUAAAGGUUUACAAAAAUCUUUCAUGGAAAGCUUGUUGUAUUUAUUUAUUUAUGUAAUAUUUGUAUUUAUGUGUCAUAUGCUGGUAUAUAAGUUAGAUAGAAAUUCUAAGUUUGUAUUAGUACUGAUACAGGAAUGUUUACUGUACAUUUUUACUUCCAGUGGAGGUAUUCCAUAAUAUUUGAAUAUAAAAAUUCAUCAUUAUUUUGGCUUAUUAUUUCACGAAAGAGAGACUGUUGAUCCAACUGUUGUUAGUGAAAGUACUGUUGGGUGAUGCUGGGCAGCAUGUUUUGUAAAACCUCUUUGUUUGACUGGUGAGUUUGCUUCUUUCUUUUCAGACAGUAAUAAUAACUUUAGCCAACACAAAUAGGUUUCCUAGAAUGAAUGGAAUAGUUGCAAUCUAAGUAAUUAUAUGUUCCGAUUUGUGUGUAAUCACUUGCAGCAAAGGUGUUUUGAUGUCAAUGUUGCCUCAUAUGUAAGGUCAUCCAUCACUUUUAUUUACACGUAAUCCAGGCAGUCUUUUAAGGACAAAAGCCAGCAAAGAAACAGUUGAGGUGUUUGUUGUCUUGCCAUACCUCACCAUGUAAUUGUACCAUUUUGAAUGUAUACCACAAUGUUUCUGACUAGGAACUGUCUUUGGAGAAUCAAAGGCUUUAUCAAUAUAUAUAUAUAUAUAUAUAUAUAUAUAUAUAUAUAUAUAUAUAUAUAUAUAUAUAUAUAUAUAUAUAUAUAUAUAUAUAUAUAUAUAUAUAUAUAUAUACAUAUAUACAUACAUGAUUUCCUGUUUAGUUUGAUGUGUCCUUUAGGAAGCUGAUUCAAGGCUUUCUUCUCACUGGCUCCAAGAUUAAUCCUAUAUAUGGUAUAUUCUUUCAGUAUAGUGUGUAUGUACAUCCAUUGUGUGUGGGUGUGUGUGUGUGUGUGUGUGUGUGUUUGUGUGUGUGUGUGUGUGUGUGUGUGUGUGUGUGUGUGUGUGUGUGUGUGUGUGUGUGUGAGUAAAUGCAUACACAUUAACAUAUGCUGUUGAUUCCUUUUGAAAUGUGUGUACAUAUACAUGUGCAAUAUAAUGCUCUCCAUUACAAACACACUAUCUUCCUUGGCAUAUAUAUUGCAGUACCUUCUUGCUACCUCUUGUGUUCAUGCAUAUUCAAGUGGAUAUUUAAUAUAAAAGUACAUGCUACAGAUGUACAUAUUCAAGAUUUCUGAUGACUACAUCCCAUUCCUAAAUUGUUGUAUUAUUACUAGUUGUGGCAACAUGUCUACCAGCAUCCCUCGGAAAGUUUGUUUUGCGGGACAGGUUGGGAAACACAGUAAUGGACCAGAAGCUGUAUUUUUGCAUCUAUUGUAUACAGAGUUGUAUUUGUACUUAAAAGAUAUGUAGAAACUAAAA